UUCCUGCCUCAACACAACGAACCCUGUCCCAGACAAAUGCACAACCCCCGGAUAGACAACAGCACAGGACACCAACAAAGCAGAAAGCUGAGGAGGGAAGACACUGGCAGGCGGAGCUGUUUGACAGAUCCCACUAAGAAACUUUGAUUUGUGCAACAAGCAGGGAAAACAACCUGGAACAUGAAGUCCCUGCGAUUCCUCGCUGCCGAGCACUUCGUCCAGACUGGUCCAACCGCUCUGGAGAACCUCAACUGUUUGUCUUUUAAUCUCUACCCACUUAUCUUCAAGGCCUGCUACCUCCACGAGCAGGCCGACCUGCUGCACGCUCUGGUCCAAAUGUGGCCUCUUCCCGAGCUCAACCUGCAAAGGCUCCUGGGAAAAACAGUCGACUGUCAGACGGACCUCACCUCACGCACCUGUCGGCUUUGUCUGAAGGCGUUUCUGACCGGCUUAAAGGAUUACGUCCUGUCUCCUCCAACAAUGUAUGCCAAGUGCCUCCGUGUGGUGGACCUCACUGGCCUGAAAGACAUCGAGCACCAGGACUGUCCCUGCCGCUCCACCCUGGGCCGAUGGGCGAGAACCCAACUCCUGACCCAAAUCUGCUAUGAGACCGUGGUCGCCAUGCAAGCCUUGGAUGUGCCCCGAUCUGCCUUCGAAGUGUCGGUCGACGUCCGUCUGAACGGCUUUGUCACAGGCCGCAACUAUGACCUUGUGACUCAAGCCUUCCUCCUCCUCCGCUGCUGUCCACUGAAGCCCCGUUUCAUUGUUUUUCGGGCCGAUUCUCUCGCUCUCAAGCAGCUCUUCUAUGUUCUCCGGCUCGCAGAGCCCGAAUCCAUCACAAAGCUCGAGAUGGUCCACAAUGUUCCCCUGGAGGCCCCACAUCUGGAGGUGCUGCUGUCCCGGGUGGAUUUCCCUAAACUCCAGUCUCUGACCCUGCCGGCUGGGGCGCUGGAUGUUCGGAGGUUGGCCUAUGACGAUGUUCUGUUGGCCACCAUCGGUAACCUGCUGGCACAGCUGAGCCUGACUGAGCUCUACAUGGGAUUCUCCACCCUUACUGGACAACUACGCAGGGUGCUGAGUCCUCUCAACACUCCUCUGCAGUGCUUAGAGUUGGCCAACUGCUCUCUGACCCGCUUGGACAUGACGUACUUGUCCAACAGCCUCCACAGUGAGGCCCUGGUCCGCCUGGACAUCAGUGGACACGAUGUCUUCAGCUCUUUCCCCACUGGCUUCCACAAACUGCUCAGCCGCUGCUCUGCCACACUGGCCAGCCUGACCCUCGAGGAGUGCAACAUCGAAGACGAGCACGUGGACGCCUUAGCUCUCGCUCUGGCUCCCUGUCAGGUGCUGGAGGAGCUCAAACUCCUGGGAAACCCUCUGACCUCUGCAGCCCAGCGGAGCCUAUUCUCCAUGCUGUCUCGAAGUUUUCCAAAGUUAAGGUGCAUAGAGGUACCAGUUCCCCGAGAGUGCUACCCCGAGGAUGUUGCUUAUCCUCUUGAGGAUUCAGUCCUACUGCUUUACAACUGUGAGUUGUUUCAGGAGGUCAGAUGUCAGCUGUUGGGCAUCCUGGAGGGAGGUGGUAGGGGGAAUGUCAAGGUGUGCACACCACUCAUGGGGGCCUAUGAUCCAGACAUUCAUGAAACCAACAACGAGCUGGGGGUAUCCAUGCUAAAAUCUUUCAACAGUGUCAUGGGGAACCUUAUAGGAACCAUAGAUGAAGUGGACCACAGGAGAUCACAGGCUCAGAAAGAGGAUUAGAGAUCAAAUGAAUGGGCCAUAUUUAAUUUAGGUAUAGUGCCAAUGCAGUGCGUUAUCAAUCCGUCAUCACUGUGAUGGUAAAUCUAGUUUACUAGAUGUGUUUGACUAUAGCAUCAUACAGGAAUUCAAUUCCAGUCUAUUUAUUACCUCCUAUAGUCUGCAACUCGCACAUGUGCAGUGCAGAUAAAGAUGCAACUACUGUGACAUAGAUACAUAUUUUGUUACCUGUAUCUAAUGUAUAUGUUCUUAUGCCUAUAUUCUGGUUUAAAUGUUGUAUAUAACUGGAUUCGUAAAGUCAAAUAUCUUAUAUGCAAUGUGGGGCAGAUCCCAUUUUACCAGGUGUACACAUGUGAUUGUUUCAUUGUCAUUUUAUAAAAAGGGACACUUGCAGAUCUUU